UGACUUUGUCUCAGUCUUUCUCCAAUAAAUUUUUGUGCAUCAUUUGAUGGUGUAUUACUUCAUUGGGGGGUGAGGAAUCACAUUUGGAGUCUGUUAGUUUUGAUGUACAGUGCCGUGAAAGUAUUUGCCCCCUUCUUGAUUUCCUGUAUUAUUGCAUAUUUGUCACACUGAUUGAAUUCAGAUCUAUAAAACAAAAAGAAUCUGAGUAUACAGAAAACACAUUUUUUAAAAUUCCAUUUAUUUAAGGAAAAAAGUUAUCAAACACAUAUAAUACCCACAUGAAAAAGUAAUUUUCCCCUUGAACCUAAUAAUUGGUUGUACCACCUUUAGGCAGCAAUAACUGCAACCAAACAGUACAAUUUUAUCAAUUUUUCACAUCGCUGUGGAGGAAUUUUAGCCCACUCUUUAGAGUACUGCUUCACUUCAGACAAAUUGGUAGGUUUUUGAGCAUGAAGUCUUAAUUUCAGGUCCUGCCACAGGGUUCAAGUCAGGACAUAGGCCACUCCAAAACUUGAAUUUAGGUUCUUUCCAGGCAUUCAGAUGUGGACUUAUGUGCUUUGGAUCAUUGUCUUGCUGCAUAACCCAAUUACGCUUCAGCUCAUGGACAGAUGACAAGACAUUCUCCUUAAGAAUUUUCAGGUACAGAGCCAAAUUCAUGGUUCCUUCAAUAAUGACAAGUUGUCCAGGUCUUGAAGGCAGCAAAGAAUCCCCACACCAUCACAGUACGGCCAUGUUUCAUUGUUGGUAUGAUGUUCUAAGGGGGCAAUUACCUUUUCACAAGGGUAUUAUGGGUGUUUAAUAGCUUUUUCAUUAAACAAAUGAACUAACCGUGUUUUGUAUAAUGUUUUUAAAAACGUUUUAAAUGUGUUUCCCUUUGUCUAAUUUUACAUUUUGUCUAAAGAUCUGAAACCAUGCAGUGUGAGAAAUAUGCAAUAAUAGAGGAAACUAUAGGAAGGGUGCAAAUACUUUUUCAUGAAACUUUAGGUAAAUGACAAGUUUAAAUAAUUCCAAUUAUCCUUACAGAUUACAGUAGCCUAGUUUGACUGUUGCAGCGACACUGCUACACCGCCAUAUCCGGGUGAACUCCUAUCAAUUCUUUAUAUCUUAUAGCAAUUCAGCAAAUCAUAAAAGCAAUUGAUUUUGGAAGCCUUUAGAGGGAUAUUCCAGAGUUCGUCAAUUCCGGUUUUACCCAAGACAGGUGGAGCAGUAUAUUUGCGGGCAAUAAUCUUUGCAAACGUAGCCGCGCAACGUUGAGGCUGUGCUGUAACUUGGCAACAGGCAGUAAACAGAACGACUGUUUGCUAAAGUCUACCAGCUCUAAACCCGUCAGGGAUAAAGAAGAUACCUGGUUCAUCUGUUUUUGAUGGCGAAAACGAUAUUGAUAUAAAAUAUACAAUGUCGGAAGCGAUGUCUACGCUUUCCGUUUUUGUUGACACUCCAGCAACUCCGUCGCAUCCCGAAGCGAAAUUGCUGGCAGCCUUCAAAAAAGACACUCAUCUCAAAAAGGUGUACCUUGCUGGAAGGGAGUAUCUAAAUGAAGAUGGCAAGGCCUUUGUGCUCCCUCUAAUAAGGAAGAUAAAGCAACAGAUCACCAGUGAUCCUACUCUCAGCUCAGAGUACCCACCCUGCCUAGGCCUCCCAGAAUUCACCAGAAGAGCAACAGAGCUUGCUCUUGGCAAUGACUGCUGUGCAAUUGUGGAAAACAGGGUGCUGGGGGUCCAGACAGUAGGCUGCACUGGGGCAGUACGCCUGGGGGCUGAGUUGUUGAAGCGCUGGUACAGCCUGAGUGCAGAAUGGCGGGGCCCUGUCUACCUCUCUGCGCCCUGUGAUGAACGCCUGGCUGGGGUCUUUGAGGCCGUGGGGAUCCUGGACGUUCGGGAGUACAGGUACUGGGACGCGGAGCUGAGGGGCGUGUCUGCGGAACACAUGCUGGAGGAUCUGGAGGCGGCCCCGGAACUGUCCGUGAUCGUGCUCUCGGCCCCGGGCCACUGCCCCACGGGGGCCGACCUCUCCCAGAAGGACUGGAAACUGGUGGCUGAAGUCAUGGUGAGGCGCAGGCUCCUCCCUUUCUUCCUGAUGCCCACACAGGGCCUGUGCCUGGGGGACCCUGGCCAGGACAGCUGGCCGCUGCGUCACUGCGCCUCCGUGGGCAUGGAGCUAAUCUGCGCCCAGGCUUUCUCUCACAACUUUGGCCUCUAUGGAGAGCGAGUUGGACACCUCUUGCUUGUCCUGAGGCAAAACUCAACACUAUUAGCUGUUCAGUCGCAAGCAGAGAGACUGGUGAGAACACUGUGGUCCCGUCCACCUGUGGGAGGGGCCCGAGUGGUUGCCACGGUGCUCAGUAACCCCGCCCAUCUUGUUGAAUGGCACGAGGGUGUGAGGACUGCUGUGGAGCGGUGCAUGCUGGUUAGGGAGCGACUACGAGAGAAGCUGAGGAUUCUGGGAACUCCAGGCUGUUGGGACCACUUGACACAGCAAGGUGGAGUGUACUGCUGCACAGGCCUUAACGCCCAGCAGGUGGAGUACCUUUCCAAGAGGAGACAUAUCUACCUGCUCCCCAACGGGUGUCUGAAUGUGAGCUGCAUAAACAACCUCAACCUGGACUACGUGGCAGAGUCCAUAAACCUGGCCUUGACCUCUCUUCCUUGAUGUCAUGAACCAGAUCAUUCACUUCUGCUAACAAACCAGCUACUUGUGAAGUAAUGUGACGUGAACAACACCUUUUGCACCCAGGCAUGUCCUUAAUUAGAGUCAAUUCAAAAGGUGGAUGCACCCAUUGGAAGAUCAGUGUUUAUAAGGAAAUGAUGCGUCUCAUCCAGUAAACCGUUGGAACGAUUACACUCUACACAAGAAGACAUGAGUCACAGACAUGAAAAAAUGAUCUCCUCCUUUUUUUAGUGACUGUUAUUGUGAAUAGAUAAGGUGAGGAGAGAGCCUUGAGAGAACAAUCAUGCUGGGCAUGUUUGAAAGAAAUAGAGAAAAAUAAAUAAAACCUCUGUGUGGCCCUAGUUCCUGACACUACCAAAAUAAGAGACUUUCCAGCAGAGCACUAGCUGCAUUGUCAGUCCAAGCAGGCUUUAAAGCACCUCAGGCUACAAAUACGUAAAGCAAAUGCCUGGAUUUCAAAUGGCAAUUCAAAGAUAUUUCCCGGUGUUUUAUAAUUAUUUAUUAAAUAAUGUGGUAUACAUUUGUGUUUAUUCCAUAUGGAACAAAUCCACCCAGACUAUAUUUGGUAAAUCCUCCUAACCAAUGGUUAGUAUUCUGCUUCAAGAGGAAUCUUGGGAUGCAAAAACAAUACUGUUAUUUAUCAAGGCUGAAAUAUAUUCAGCUCACCUACUGCUUGUCAAGAGAGGUAAUAUAAGCUAUCCGAGCAGAAUUAGUCUUGUUGAUGCCUUUCAUCAAUCAGAAGCCAUUAAGCAGACACCAUCACACAGAGCAAUUUACAGUGUACAAUAUGAACUGCAAUAGAAGUGCAAUGGCGGGGGGGGGGGGGACCUAGUUUCACAUUUUAGUAUAACUAAUCAUAUCAAAAUAGAAGCUGUUAUAAAAUGUGGAUGGUCUCCUCAAUCUGGCAUCAAAUUCAGAUCAUGACAGUGACUGCGGUCAGCAGCCCUGCCGGGUGACAGAUAGUUGGCUCGAGCAUCACCUAGGGACGGCAGGGGUGCAGGUGGCCUCAAAUGAAGCAUCUCGUCACUUGCCAACAACCCCUGCUGGUCGGUCAGGUGCCUGGAAGUCCAGCCAUUAAGUGUCUUCCUCCAGCUCACAUCUGUGCAAGCCUGACAUGAUAAGUGCAGUGUGUAAUAAGAACUAGCAGCUGACAUCACAUGCUUCAGAGAAGACCCAUUCUCAUCUGCGCUCUCCUGCGUCAAUAGCAAAGUUUGCAGCAGUGAGCAAUGAUAAAUAUGAUCGGGAAUUCAAAAUUGGGGAGAGAAGGAGUAAAACAAUAAGAAAUUAUAUUAAAUGGUAUCUUCUUAAAGCCACGGAAGGAAAUAAAACAUUGAGAAUUGCUUAUAUUGGCAGACAUUCAAUUUCUACAACAUUUCUCAGUGUUGAAAUACAUACACUACAUGGCCAAAAGUAUGUGGACACCUGACAUCCAACAUCUCAUCCAAAAUGAUGGGCAUUAAUAUGGAAUUUGUUCACCUUUCGCUGCUAUAACAACCUCCACUCUUCUGGGAAGAUUUUGUACUAGAUGUUGAAGCUUUGCUGCAGGGAUUUACUUCCAGUCAGUCAGAAGAGCAUUAAUGAGUUUGGACACUGAUUUGGCAAUUAGGCCUGGCUGGCAGCAGGCAUUCCAACUGAUCCAAAAAGUGUUGGAUGGAGUUGAGGUCAGGGCUCUGUGCAGGCUAGUCAAGUUCUCCCACACCGUUCUGGACAAAAACAUAUAUAUUGUCAUGCUGAAACAGGGAACUGUUGGGGAGGCACAGAACUGUCAUGAGAAACAGCCCCAGACGAAGGGAUGUCCAGAUACAUUUGGUCAUAUAGUGUAAGCAGUGGCCAAAAAAACACACCCAUCUGAAGUUACUUUAUAGGCCAUUUUUCACCAUAUGCUGCCAGUACAGCUUUUAUUUGCUGUGGCAUAAAAUACACCAGAAUCAGAAAUUCUGCAGGAUGAAUGCAACACUGAUCUCACACAAGAAAGCCCAUCAGCGCAUGCCUUGUUAAUGGAGGUGGGUGUCUCAGAUGCAGUUCCAAAAUGUCCAUAAAUGCUUGAUCAGGUUCAGGUCUGGGGAAUGAAAUUGACGGCAUAUGGAUAACAUCAUUGUCAUGCUAAUGCUCAUUGCACCACACAUUCUGUGGAUAGGGGCAUUGUUAUGCUGGAGGCACAAAAUUUCUGUAGCAUGGAAUGAAGGUGAUCACUUAUAGUCUUUAAGUAGUUAUUACCAUUGACCUGUGGUAUCCUUCCCUAUAGAUUUGGUUCUUACCGAAACUACCUGCUCACAUCCUAAAUUGCAAUUUUCUGUCAAUUUAAUUAGAGUUGCUCACCUGUCUAACUUAUCACCUGUCAAAUGUAUCACUGAAGCUCCUGCCAAGCUCCCCUACAAUCUUCUUCCUUCUAGCCAUACUAGUCAUAAUUAUAGGCAACCAGGCUUGACCAGCAUAUCCAUAUCCAUAAUUUUGCAUAUGACCCUGAGUCUGCUGGGAUGUUAGUUGCUUAAUUAACUCAGGAAUCACACUUGUGUAGAAGCUCCUGCUUUCAAUAUGCUUUGUGUCCCUCAUUCACCAAACUGUUCCCAACUUUUUGGCCAUGACCUUCAAUUACAAAAUAGUGCACAUAUUAUAAAGCAUAGAUACUUAGAUAAUUUAGAUAAAGGUUUGUUAAAUAACCAAAUAAAUAUAUUGUACAUUUACCCCCGUGAGAGGAGAGAUUUAACUGUAAGAUAAUCGCAAAUGGGAAUGACUUAUUCCUAAGGCAAUGCAUUUCCUCAGUGCUCUGUAGAAGCCAAUGUGCAAUCUGUCCAUGUGGCGGUGCUGUUUCUUUCAAAUAAAUCCACAGUAAUGUAGUGCCAUUGUAUUGUCUCUUCUGCUUGUGUGGUUUCUGUGGGUAAACAGGUUUCUCAAAGUGAAUGUGAAUGUGUUCUGUUGCUUUGCAUA